AUGGCACUCGCAACCCCCAUAGCCUCCACCGAGGGCCCAAACGCAGCACCUGCCCUCCCGCUCUCCAGCAACACCAUCUUCCAGUUUCCAUCCGCAGGGUACUGGGCCGAGAACAUCGCCGUGCGCCCCAACGGCAACCUCCUCGUCACCCUGCUCGGCCCUUCUCCGCAGCUCUGGCAGAUAGCCGAGCCCUACUCCAACGCGCCGGCCGCAACGCUGAUCUACACCGUCCCGAACGCGACCGGUCUCCUCGGCAUCACCGAGACGGCCCCCGACACCUUCGUGCUGGCGGGUCAGGAUUUCACCACGGCUGGCGUGGCAGCGGCGUGGGAGAUCGCAUUCGGUGAAGACGACGCAGUCAAGGCCCGCAAAAUCGCGGAUAUCCCCAGCGCCCUCGUGCUCAACGGCGCAACGACGGUGCCGGGGUGUGGGGGCGCCGCGCCGUCCACGGUGCUCAUUGCGGACUCGACGGGCGGUCUCGUGUUCCGCGUCGACACUAAGACGGGGGCCGUGGAGACCGCCGUCGAGGUCCCCGAGAUGGCACCCGUUGCCGAUGCUAGGUCACCAGUCGGCGUCAAUGGCAUCAAGAUCCGGGAUGGUUAUUUGUAUUUCGACAACAGCUAUGCCGCGGCCCUGUACCGCGUUAAAAUCACACCUUCCGGGUUCGCCGCUGCGGGCGCCGCUGUGGAGACGGUGGCCAGGAUUCCUGUGGAGAGCUUCGUGGAUGACUUUACUUUCGGUGCCGAUGGUGCGGUCUGGAUUGCCUCGAACCACGGACGGACCGUUCACCGUGUGGACGUGCAAACAGGUGGGAGCGUGGUCGUGGCUGGGGCGGCGAACCAGACGACUUUCCUCGGUGAUACGGCCGCUGUUUUCGGCAGGACGAAAAAAGACAGUAAGGUCUUGUAUGUCACGACGAGUGGAUUCGACGCCAGCAAUAAGCCUAUUGAGCCCGGAAAGAUAGUCGCGAUCGACACUGCUGGUUUCCGGUAG